UGGGGAGCCAGAAGGAAAACAUUAGCGCUCGUUUCUACUCGGAGUUUGAAGACUUUCUUGUUGGAUUCUCCAGAGCCGGCCAGGACGCGCGACACCGAGCCAAGACGCACGAUCAGUAUGAUGGAUAGAUAGCAGGAGGAGGAAGAGAAGAAGAUGUCGUUCUUCGGCAUGGACUGUGUCAGGAAGAAAGAGAGAGAGCUGGAGAGGAAACUACGAGCCAAUGACCGCGAGUACAACCUCUCCUUUAAAUAUGCAACGAACGCCAUCAACACCUCCAAGUACAACUUCUUCACCUUUCUACCUCUUAACCUGUUUGAGCAAUUCCAGAGGAUCGCUAACGCCUACUUCCUGUUUCUGCUGGUUCUCCAGGUGAUCCCUCAGAUCUCGUCUCUGUCCUGGUUCACCACCGUCGUACCUCUGGUCCUCGUGUUGACAGUCACCGCUGCCAAGGAUGCCACUGAUGAUAUUAAUCGCCACAGGAGCGACAAUCAGGUCAACAACAGAAAAGUUGAAGUCCUUAUCGACAGAAAACUGCGCAGUGAGAAAUGGAUGGACGUCCAGGUGGGAGACAUCAUCAAGCUGGAAAACAACCAGUUUGUCACUGCCGACCUCCUCUUGCUCUCCAGCAGUGAACCACUUAACCUGGUCUACAUCGAGACCGCCGAGCUGGAUGGAGAGACCAAUCUGAAGGUCAGACAGGCUUUGACUGUUACAGGAGACCUGGGAGAUGACAUUGAAAAGCUGGCCGACUUUAACGGUGAGGUGCGUUGUGAACCCCCCAACAACCGCCUCGACCGCUUCAAAGGGACACUGACCUUCUCUGGGCAGAAAUACCCACUGGACAACGAGAAGAUCCUGCUGAGAGGCUGCACCCUGAGGAACACAGAGUGGUGCUUUGGGCUGGUGCUGUUUGGAGGUCCGGAGACGAAGCUGAUGCAGAACUGUGGAAAGAGCACCUUCAAGAGGACCAGCGUGGACCGUCUCAUGAACGUCCUCGUCCUUUGUAUUUUUGGAUUCCUGGCCUUCAUGUGCUCCAUCCUGGCGAUAGGAAACUUCUUCUGGGAGGUGAACAAAGGCUCGGAGUUCAUUGUCUUUCUGCCCAGACAAGAUGAAAACAACGCUGCCUUCUCUGCCUUCCUCACAUUCUGGUCCUACGUCAUCAUCCUCAACACCGUGGUGCCCAUCUCUCUCUAUGUGAGUGUGGAGAUCAUCAGGUUAGGGCACAGUUUCUACAUCGACUGGGACAGGAAGAUGUACUACUCACGAAACGACACCCCCGCCGAGGCUCGCACCACCACGCUGAACGAGGAGCUCGGACAAAUCAAGUACGUCUUCAGCGACAAAACAGGGACGCUCACUCAGAAUAUCAUGGUGUUCAACAAGUGCUCCAUCAACGGCAAAUCUUACGGGGAUGUUUGUGACUACACAGGCCAAAGACUAGAAAUCACAGAGGACACAGAGACGGUAGACUUCUCCUUCAACCCGUUGGCUGACCCUCGCUUUGUGUUCCACGACCACGCCCUGGUGGAGGCGGUGAAGCUGGAGAACCCCGAGGUCCACGCCUUCUUCAGACUGCUCGCCCUCUGCCACACCGUCAUGGCCGAGGAGAAGAGAGAAGGUGAGAUUUUCUACCAGGCCCAGUCUCCAGACGAGGGAGCUUUGGUCACAGCCGCCAGGAACUUUGGAUUUGUCUUCCGCUCACGAACGCCAGACAGCGUUUCCAUCAUGGAGAUGGGCCAGCAGUGCAGCUAUGAACUCCUCGCUAUCCUAGACUUUAACAACGUCCGCAAGAGGAUGUCUGUCAUAGUUCGGAGUCCAGAAGGGAAGCUGUCUCUCCUCUGUAAAGGUGCAGACACCAUCAUCUACGAGAGGCUGCAUCAGUCCUGCAGCAAGCUGAUGGAUGUCACCACAGAGCAUCUUAAUGAGUUUGCAGGGGAAGGCCUGAGGACUCUGGCGCUGGCCUACAAGGAUCUGGACGAGGAGUAUUUCAUUCAGUGGAAACAGCGCCACCAUGAGGCCAGCACGGCUCUGGACGACAGAGAGGAGAAACUGGACGAGCUGUUCGAGGAGAUCGAGAAAGAUCUACUUCUCCUCGGUGCGACCGCCAUCGAAGACAAGUUACAAGAUGGAGUCCCGCAGACGAUCGAGCAGCUCUCCAAAGCCGACAUCAAAAUCUGGGUUUUGACCGGUGACAAACAAGAAACUGCAGAAAACAUCGGGUACUCGUGCAACUUACUGCGGGAGGAGAUGAACGAGGUCUUCAUCAUCUCUGGGAACUCACCUGAAGAUGUCCGACAGGAGCUGAGUGAUGCACAAAGCUCCAUGACACCAGCUGCAGUCGAGGAUUCUGCAUUUCUGCCGCAAGGAACUCUGGGUAACGGUCUGAAGGUGACCUCAGAUGAAGUGUUUAUCGGAGAGUAUGGCCUGGUCAUCAACGGACACAGUCUGGCGUACGCCCUGGAGCGCAGCCUGGAGCAGGAGUUUCUAAAGACGGCGUGCAUGUGUAAGGCAGUGAUCUGCUGCAGAGUCACUCCUCUGCAGAAAGCUCAGGUGGUCGAGCUCGUCAAGAAGUACAAAAAGGUCGUCACACUGGCCAUAGGAGACGGAGCCAACGAUGUCAGCAUGAUCAAAGCGGCUCAUAUAGGUGUGGGGAUCUCCGGUCAGGAGGGCAUGCAGGCGGUGCUGUCCAGCGACUACUCCUUCGCCCAGUUCCGCUUCCUGCAGCGCCUCCUGCUGGUGCACGGACGCUGGUCUUACCUGCGCAUGAGCAAAUUCUUGAGAUACUUCUUCUACAAGAACUUCACCUUCACCUUAGUUCACUUCUGGUUCGCCUUCUUCUGCGGCUUCUCUGCACAGACAGUGUAUGAUGAGUGGUUCAUAACACUCUACAACCUGGUGUACACAGCACUACCUGUGCUGGGAAUGAGUCUGUUUGAUCAGGAUGUGGACGACAAGUGGAGUUUCGAGCAUCCUCAGCUCUACGUUCCCGGCCAACUUAACCUCUACUUCAGCAAGAAGACCUUCUUCAAGUGUGCCCUCCACAGCUGCUACAGCUCCUUAGUGCUCUUCUUCAUUCCCUAUGCAGCCAUGCAAGACACAGUGAGGGGCGACGGGAAGGACGUCUCAGACUACCAGUCCUUUGCUCUCCUAACACAGACAUGUCUGCUGUUUGCUGUCACAAUACAGUUGGGGUUGGAGAUGUCCUACUGGACAGCAGUGAACACUUUCUUCGUGUUGGGCAGCCUUGGCAUGUACUUUGCGGUCACAUUCACCAUGUACAGUAACGGCUUGUAUCUCAUGCUGCCGUCAGUGUUCUCUUUCAUGGGGACCGCCCGAAAUUCUUUGAAUCAGCCGAAUGUUUGGCUGACGAUCUUCCUCACCACCAUCCUGUGUGUUCUUCCUGUGGUUACCUACCGCUUCCUGUUUAUACAGCUCUGCCCCACCAUCAAUGACAAGGUGAUGUUUAAGGUGAGACAAGCCAAAGCCCCGCCUCCCCCUCCUCCUCGACGCACCCGAAUCCGCCGCACCAGCUCCCGCCGCUCUGGCUACGCCUUCUCGCACGCGCAGGGCUACGGAGACCUGGUGACGUCUGGCCGAUUCCUUCGGCGUCCCGCAGUGACACGGUCUUCAGGUUUUCCCAACAUCGGACGCACCACCACCGGCUUCAGUCCGAUGGGACGAUCGGCGGGAUACAGCCCGACGGGACGGCCUCAGAACACCAAGGCCCCGGACGUGGAGGUGACGUCGCUGCAGAUGUACAGAACUUUCAGGGAGCCGGCUCUUUGACAGUAAGAUGGUGUUGGACAAAAGUGCUUAAACUCCCCAUUUGUUCCCUUUAAACUUUGAUCUCUCUCUCUGGAGGAGGAUUUAAAGGAGCUACAGCAAAGUACCACCUUGAUUAGUAUACGGAUUGUUCAUGUUGAACGUGAGUCAUGCAGAGCAAACACAUGAGAGGUUUCUGACACUGCAAUAAAAACAGUAACAGGGGGAUUUACUUUCCAGUAGGAGCUACCACAGAGGACAAAAUGUCUUCAUGUUUACAGACUACCAGGACUUCUUCUACCCUGGGAGUCCAGAACCACAGCAGGAAUUUUUACAGAGGAGAUAACCAGCUAAACUGAACUAUUCUGCAUGAGAAUAUUUUAGUUUUGUACUUUUAAGUGUCUACCUAUCCUUAAAGCUGGACUCUCAGUUAGCACUUUGGGAGAAAACUGAAUGUUUCAAAGAUGAAGAAUGUGUAAAACUUCUCCCAACAAAAAGCUGAACUGCUCGGCAGAAGAAGCUUUGUUGACCCAGUUGGGCAUUUUCUUCUGCUUCUUUUCUGUCAAACCUUUUCUGUGUUCUGAAAUAAAAGCAGGAAACAAAUCUCAAAUCAGGGAGCAGACCCUGUGUUGGAUUCCGACCUAAAAGACUGGAGCAUUAGAAUUUCAGUGUUGGGUACCGAUAUGCAAUGAGAUCUACUUUGAACAUUAUACAAGGCUUUAUGAUAGUUGAAAUACAGGGUUACAAAAUCACCCUACAUAGCCGCCUAGCGAGACCUCUUUGGCUCUACUACACAGAUCCUGUAUCAAGCCAGAUCACCUUAGAUCUACUUUAAAGUGAUGCUAGUCCAGGAUGUCUUAAAUGCACCUGCUUCGGACCAGACUGAGUACCUCUUUGUCUGCAUCUGCUGGCAAAACACCAGAAAUCAACCACGUCUAUCUGCUUUAAGAGGUCUUUCAUACUGAACACAUGAACACACUACAAAGCUGACUGGCGGACCUGGUAACCCAUUGAGGGCCACAAUAGGACUUUUUCUGCAUCAGUCUUACUUCAUGUACUGUAAAACUUGAUUUAAUAGCUCCAGCUUUUAUUUCUUUCAACCUAUAAACUCACCUGGCCUUUAUUUGGGGCAGGCCACUAUAGGAGGCAGGCAUGUAUUUUUAUGAUUAUUGUAAUUAUUCAGCCUUUCUGCUUUCUCCAAUGCCGCAGUGGACGUCAGUAAAAUGUGACCUGUUGUG